UCGGUGACUGUGAGUUUAGUAAUCGAAUCCGGUGACUCGGUGAGAAUGGAGCGGAGCCGAGUGACCAGAGAAUCACCGACCGGAACGAGGAUCCUGCUUGCGUCACUAUCUGCAAUGGUCGCAGAGUCAGUUACGUUUCCGAUAGAUCUCACAAAGACCAGAAUGCAGCUCCAUGGUGCGCAACGGAUUGGCGCCAUCGGAGUCGUAUCGGAGAUUGCGAGGAAGGAAGGUGUGAUUGGUCUCUACAAAGGUUUAUCUCCGGCGAUAAUGAGACAUUUGUUCUACACGCCUAUUAGAAUCAUUGGAUACGAGAAUUUGAAAGGAUUCGUCGUCAGAUCUGAAGCUAACAGCGGCGAGUCUCUUCCUCUCGCCACUAAGGCUCUCGUCGGAGGAUUUUCUGGUGUUAUAGCUCAGGUAGUAGCUAGCCCAGCUGAUUUGGUUAAAGUGAGAAUGCAAGCAGAUGGUAGAUUGGUGAGUCAAGGCCUGAAACCGAGAUACUCGGGACCAAUCGAAGCUUUCACCAAAAUCCUUCAAUCAGAAGGAGUAAUAGGGCUAUGGAAAGGUGUUCUUCCAAACAUCCAGAGAGCAUUUCUAGUGAAUAUGGGAGAACUAGCUUGUUAUGAUCACGCCAAACACUUUGUCAUCGAUAAAAAGAUCUCUGAGGAUAACAUUUACGCGCACACGCUUGCUUCUAUAAUGUCGGGUCUUGCUUCUACAACUCUGAGUUGUCCGGCUGAUGUGGUGAAGACAAGGAUGAUGAAUCAAGGUGAGAAAGCUGUGUAUAGAAAUUCUUACGAGUGUUUGGCGAAGACAGUUAAGUUUGAAGGAAUAAGAGCUUUGUGGAAAGGGUUCUUCCCGACAUGGGCAAGGCUUGGACCGUGGCAGUUCGUGUUUUGGGUCUCAUAUGAGAAGUUUAGACAACUCGCAGGGAUGUCUUCCUUUUAGACCUGAGAUAUUGGAAUUGCAAACUUGAGAUUUGGGUCUUACACAUCUUGUAAGAAAACUUGAGAUUUUGAGAUUUGGGUCUUACACAUCUUGUAAGAAAACUCGAGAAGUAGCAGAUAUCAGUUUCUGAUUAAGGUGAGUGAGAGUAGGGCCUAUAUAUCUAUCAUAAUUUUAAGUUUUCAAAUUGAUUGUUUUUUCAGUCAGUGAGUUGAUUAAACAAACAAUUAUUUAUAAAGUAAGAAUUUAAUCAAAUAUUUCAUAAUAUAUAUGAAUUUGAUAUA